AUGACGAUGAGCGAGGCUUACAAAAAGCGCAAACUUGUUCCAGACGGUGUCAGUGCCAGUAAAAGUUCUCGAUCAAAGGUGCUGUCACCUUUUAGAAUCGUUGGUAACGUUUCAAACGGAGUUCCCUUCGCAGUGGGUUCACUGGGAAACACUUUCUAUAUUGUGACCAGCGUUGGCAGAAGCUUCCAAAUUUAUGACGCCAAUAAUCUGCACCUUUUGUUUGUGAGCGACCAGGAAACCGGCUCUUCUAUCACCUGUUUGGCAGCGCACUUCCAGUACGUCUUUGCUGGAUUUGGCAACAAAGUGGGGGUUUUCAGAAGGGGCCGCAUGGAAAGUGUACUGGAUCUCCCGGUCGAAGACGCUGUGGUUGCUAACAUAUGUGUUUUUGGAGAGUUUUUGUGCGCGUCGUGCAGCGACAACUCCAUCUAUGUCUUCAAGCAAGCUGCUGGCGAGAAAUAUGCGACGGCCUUUUACUGCAAACUUUCAGUUUCAAAGCUUCAGGGCUCAGAAAUUAUCUCGGUGGUACACUUGCCCACAUACCUGAACAAAAUUGUGGUGGUCACGAAGUCAAAUGUACUACUCUUCAAUGUCAAAUCUGGGAAGCUUCUUUUCACCUCAGAUGAGUUUUCUGAUGCAAUCACUGCUGCCGAAUGUGCACCGGCCCUCGAUAUUCUCGGACUGGGCUUUGCCUCAGGCGAGAUCGUCUUGUAUAACAUCAAAAAGGGCCGCAAAGUGCGCACGAUCAAGACACCAGUUAAGGUUUCGUCGCUUUCUUUCAGAACUGACGGCUCUGCUCACUUGGCUGUUGGGUCGUUUAAUGGCGAUGUGAUCUUUUACGACUUGGACCGCCGCGCCCGCAUCCAUGUCCUCAGGAACGUCCAUCGGGAGGCCUUUGGAGGUGUUGCAAAAAUCAGCUUCCUCAACGGUCAGCCUAUCGUAGUCACCUCAGGUGAUGAUAACCAAUUGAAAGAGUACGUCUUUGAUCCCUCUUUAUCUCAAGAUAGUGCCGAAGUCGUCGUGCAACCUCCCAGGUUUUUGAGAUCCAGAGGCGGUCACUCCCAGCCACCAACUUCAAUCCUUUUUGCCGAUGAUCAAUCACACUUUUUGUUGUCUGCUUCCAGUGAUAAAUCCCUGUGGGGCUUUUCCCUUAGAAAAGAUGCCCAAUCCCAGGAGUUGUCACAACGGUUACAUAAGAAAAAAGAUGGAGGCAGAAUUGCUGGUAACAAUCUCAAGGAAAAGUUUCCAGAGAUCGUAUGCAUGGCAAUCGAGAGCGCUCGGCAAAGGGAAUGGGAGAAUAUUUUGACCGCGCAUAAAGAUGAAAACUUUGCAAGAACCUGGAGUUUGGCAACGAAAAGAGUGGGCAGGUGGACCUUAGAGACCAUUGACGGUGGUUUAGCUAAGAGCGUUGCUAUAUCACCUUGUGGUAAUUUUGGUUUCGUUGGUUCUUCCAUAGGCGGAAUUGGAGUUUACAACCUUCAAAGUGGACUACCUCGAAAGAAAUAUAGGCUGCAUAAGAAAACAGUUACCGGUAUUGCUGUUGAUGGUAUGAACAGAAAGAUGGUUUCAUGUGGGCUCGAUGGGAUCGUGGGAUUUUACGAUUUUAGCCAAUCCUCGUUUCUGGGCAAAUUACAACUUGAUGCCCCCAUCACAUCCAUGGUUUAUCAUAGAUCCUCCGAUCUCUUUGCACUUGCUUUGGAUGAUUUUUCGAUUGUUAUCGUAGAUGCAGUCACUCAGAAAGUUGUUAGACAGUUGUGGGGCCAUACCAAUAGGAUUACAUCUUUUGACUUUUCCCCUGACGGCCGGUGGGUUGUUUCGGCCUCUUUAGAUGCAGUCAUCAGAACGUGGGAUUUACCAACUGGCUCCUGUAUUGACGGUGUGAGGUUGGAUAGCGUUGCAACUAAUAUCAAGUUUUCACCUAAUGGUGAUUACGUCGCCACGUCUCAUGUAACCGGAAAUGGUAUCCUGGUAUGGACUAACCGCGCACAGUUCAAGCCACUUCCAUCUCGUCAAGUAGACGAAAGCGAUUUUGCUCAGGUUUCUGUGUUGACAUCAUUUGGAAAUGCGGCUUCAUCCAUGCUCGAGGGUGCCUUUGAGACUAAAGAUUCGACUGACUAUAGCGAUGAAGAAUUUGGGCAUUAUGAGUCAGUAGAUCAAGUUAAUUCUGAACUAGUGACACUUUCCUUAGGACCGAGAAGUAAACUAAAAACUCUCUUGAACCUUGAUGUGAUAAGACAACGAUCCAAGCCCACUGAAGCCCCAAAGAAGCCUGAAAAAGCACCCUUUUUCUUGCAGCUUUCAGGUCAAAAUGUUGGUGACGACGCUAUAGUCAGAGAGGGCGCAGAUACCUCAAACACAGGAAAUAUUAAAGCGCAGCAAGAACUGGAAAAAAGAUCCUUGGAAGCCGAAGAACAACUUCGUAAACACAAGCCAAGUGCUGCCACCUUUGAAUCUAGAUUUACUAGACUAUUACGCGAAGGUAACUUGAGUUCAGAUUACUCGGCCUUUUUGGACCAGCUUGUGGGCCUUUCUCCAGCUUCAGUCGACAUGGAAAUUAGGUCUCUUAAUGGAUUUGAGCCAUUUGACGAGCUGGUGUGGUUUUUGGAAGCGUUGGUCGAGGGAUUUCUCUCAAACAAAAACUUUGAGUUGUAUGAAGCUUAUAUGAGCCUGUUGUUCAAAGCCCACGGCGACGUAAUUCAUGCCAACGCCGAUCAUAAGGCGUUAGGCGCAGCACUCAAAGCUUGGGGGGAUGCUCAUAAUCACGAUAAAAGAUUGGAUGAAAUUGUUAAAUUUUGUUCAAGCGUAGCCAAUUUUGUAUCAUCAACUUGA